UAACAUGGAGCUCUAUGCUUCUUAUGCCUACAUGUCUAUGUAUGCCUUCUUUGACUGGAUGAUGUUGCUCUGAACCACGUUGCCAAAUUUUUCCAGCAUCAGUCCCAUGAGGAAUGGGAACAUGCAGAGAAGCUGAUGAAGUUUCAAAAUCAACGAGGGGGCUGUGUGAUCCUUCAGGAUGUCGCGAAACCUGACCGUGAUGAAUGGAGCUAUACUCUAGAAGCAAUGAGGUGUGCCCUCCAUCUGGAAAAGACUGUGAACCAGUCUAUGCUGGAACUGCGCAAACUGGCUUCUGACAAGGUCGAUCCUCAUAUGUGUGACUUCCUGGAAACUCACUAUUUGGAUAAACAAGUCCAGGCUAUUAAGCAGCUUGGUGAUUUCAUCACCAAUCUGGUCUGUAUGGGAGCUCCUCAGAAUGGCAUAGCAGAGUACCUGUUUGACAAGCACACCCUGGGAGAGAGCAGCAGCUAAACGAUCCACCAUUUUGAAAUCAGUGUGCCUCUAAAACCACCUACAAAAUGU